GUCGCGCACACAUCGACUCAACAUUACAGAGAUACAGCUUUAGCCUUCUGCCCUCACUCAAUCCCACAGAUACACCACAGCACCACACGAUUACACCCAUCAGCGUUAAUUCUCCACUGGACAUUGAUGAAUCUGCGUCCACCGUCGCCGUAGCGGUCCGUCCGAUCGUUAUUCUCCUGUGUUUCCUCUCCUUCUCCCGCAUCCAACAGACGUAUCCGACGCUCCAAGAUGGCUGAGUUGAAUUUGGGGAAGGGGCUGACUGCGGGGAAAGUGGCCAGCAACGUGCAGAAAAAGCUAACCAGAGCCCAGGAGAAGGUUCUCCAGAAACUUGGCAAAGCCGACGAGACCAAAGACGUUGCCUUUGAGGAGGGAGUUAUCAACUUCACCAAACAAUAUGCCGAAGGCAGCAAACUGCAGAGAGACCUCAGGGCGUACCUGGAGGCUGUGAAAGCCAUGCAUGAGUCGUCCAAUAACCUGCAGUCCUGUCUGGUUGAUAUGUACGAACCGGAGUGGCAAGGCAAGAAUGAAGUGGAUUCCAUUGUGGAGGACUGUGAUGUGUUGUGGACGGAUUACCACCAGAAGUUGGUUGAUAAUGCCCUCAUCUCCAUGGAUACGUACCUGGGCCAGUUCCCUGAUAUUAAGGCACGUAUUGCUAAGAGGGACAGGAAGCUGGUGGAUUAUGACAGUGCCAGGCACAACUAUUCUGCUACUCACAAGGCUAAGAAAAAGGACGGGGGCAUAAAAAUUACCAAGCCUUCGUCUUUGUUGGAGAGGGCCACUCCAGGUUGGGCUCAGGGUAUCCUGUCUGCACACAACGUUGCCCAGAGCAGUCUGUCCAGGAGCCAGGUACACAACAAUCUUACUGCACCUCUACAACGUCUGCUGACUUAGUUAUGGUUGAGUCGUGUUGGGUUUUACGUCAGCACCUUCCAGAGUUUGGCUGGUUUCGAGGAGAAGUUUCACAAGGAAAUGAGCCGGUUGGAUCAAGAUAUGUAUGAUGUCUUGGAGAAUUUGGAGCAAACAGACACAACCAGAAAGACAGGUAACCGCGGCGCCUCAACGUCAGGAGCAAAUAGGAGUGGCAAAGAACCAUCUAACCACACUCUCAGGCCAGGAGGACCUCCCCCUAUCCCCAAAUCUCCAUCCAAGCUAAAGCCAGCAGUGCCUCCUCCACCGAAGGUGACCCCGUCUAAAGAGAUGAAGACAGAGAACAUCAUCAACCUGUUUGAUGCUGCAGCUGCUCCUGAUAUCAGUGUCACCUCCCCAACAGAGUUUGACAGUCCUGCAGUGAGCAGCCUGUUGGACAUGGACCUGGACUCUUUCAGUGCGGCAACCAAAGCCUCCGCGGUCACACAGCCUGCAAACUGGGACUCAUGGUCUGAGGACAGGGGUGACGAGGAAGAGGAGACCCAGAAGCACUAUGACCCUGUGGCUGCUGCUGCAGAGGCCUGGGGGGAUGAAGGUACGCACCCUGUCCGCUAUGACCCCAUAGCAGCGGCGGCAGAGGGCUGGGGGGAUGACGGAAACCAACCAGUUUCCUAUGACCCAGUGGUUGAGGCUCAGGAGACAUGGGAGGAUGAUGGGAGUCAGCCCGUUCAUUCUGACCCCGUGGCUGAAGCCCAGGAGGGCUGGGGCGAUGACGAGAGCCAGCCUAUCACAGAGGUGCCUGCUGACAGUGAUGAAGAACCUGCAGCUGAGGCUCCAGCUGACACCGCCGAGGAAGAGGCCACCCCUGCUGCUGCCACGUUGGAUAAUGAAGAGGGUCAGGAGGAGUCUGCAGAAGCUGCUGCAGCAACAGCAGAAGAAGAAGCAGCGGUAGAAGAGACACCUGCAGUAGAGGCAGAAUCCACAGAACCAGAACCACCAGCAGCAGCAGCAGCAGCAGCAGCAGAGUUUGCAGAGCCUGCAGAGCCUGCAGAGCCUGCGGAGCCUGCGGAGCCUGCAGAGCUUGCAGAGCCUGCAGACAUGCCUCCUGGCUUCUUGUUCAAGGUCGAGGUGAUGCAUGAUUACGGAGCCAACGACACAGACGAACUGGAGAUGAAAGCUGGAGACGUGGUGUUAGUAAUCACCUUUGACAACCCUGAUGAACAGGACGACGGCUGGCUGAUGGGAAUGAAGCAGGACGACUGGCAGCAGAACAAAGAAAAUGCCACUAAAGGAGUAUUCCCAGAAAACUUCACCCAGAGGCUGUGAAUGAGAGGGACCAAAACAUCACUCCAGCUUCUUUCUUUAUGUCUCCCCUCCUCUUCCCUCUAUUCUCCAUAUCUUCUCUUGCCCUGAUACUGUUUCUUUACUAGGACUUUGGCCAUAAGAAGCAGAGCUGUCACAGCCCUUGCUGAAAUCAUGCAUUUCUAAGGUCUGCUGCACUGUGCUAAAAGCGGAUCUUGCAAUUUCUGUGGAUUUCUGCCAACACUUAGAAAUUACUGAUGUACUUAGUCAUUUCACAGGUGCCAGCCUGAUCGUGGUACCUCUGCAGUGACUACUGUUAAAAUUGAAUUAAUUAUGAUGCUUCAUGUUUCAGUCAUGUCUCGUCAUAAAAUCUCCAAAGCAUAGUCCACCACCAUAACCAAGAAAAUAUCUUUUGAGACAUGCUUUUUGUUAAUCUGAUAUCUAGAGAUAUUGAGAAAUGUAUGAAGAUGUUAAGACAAUGCCAAGUGUAGCAGAGUAUGCCCUACACACACAUAUAUUAACAGGAUAUAUCUGUUUCACAAAGAUUGGGGGGGAUGUAAUUACUAAGACAAGGCUGAGAGGACACUGACACACUCUGAUUCAAGUCUUAAAUUCCUCUCUCGCAAAAAGACCGUUGAGCACACAAGGUGCCAAAGUCUAAUCAACUAAACUGCACAUGUUUAAUGAGUCCUGACGUUCUCAGUCUGGUGAUCACACUCCUGACACAAUGCCAUUUAGACGCAUCCAACCAAUCCUUUACUCCUACUUUAAUUAUUGACUUGUGAAUCAUGGGCCCUUGGUUGUUGUAUUAGUUUAGAUUCAAAGGUGGUAUAGGUAGAGUGAAGCUGUUUUUAAAAUCCUAAAUAAAAGCAUAUGCAGUUAACAGGUCAUCAAACACCAGCCUUGUUAAGGUGACUGCAGGAACUCAAUAUGAAACUCAAACAGAAACACUGGUCUACAGAGCAGAGAACAUGACUGUUUCAAAUCAUUCAUGUAAUUAACAGGCAUGAUUUUUGACAGUCGUGAGAGUCGAGAGAUUCCAAAUAUGCAUAAGUCGAGCUUGCAAAAAAAAAAAGCCAACAAACGACACCAAUGAGAAGCAUGAGAAGCUGCUACUGGUUGUAUGUUAUUCAGGCAGAUACAGAUACAGUUACACCCAGAUACUAAUCGAUAUAUACGAUAACUGAGCCAGCCUCAUUCGUUUAAAAAAAGAAAAUGUGCCGAAAACAAUUCCUUCUGUUUGCAUAGAGACUACUUAGCUCACAUGCAGAUGACUCCGAAUAUGCACCAGAGCAACUUCUUUUAUUUUUGUAUGCUGCCGAGCAACGAUUACAUAUAGCCUAAUGUAACUAUGUCGACAUAAUUGCCAACUGAGGAUGUUACGGAGUGUUUUUGUACUUCUGUCAGGUUUUACUGCUCUCAACAUAUAGCCACACACCGUAGCUGGUUGAAACUAUCUCACAUCCUGUCAUCCAUUCGGUCACCAACUCAAGAUUCACAUUCCUCAUGAUGUUAUUAACAUGUAAUAAGUGUGAGAGAAAAAGGUAUGUGUGACUAUGUGCGCGUGUUAAUGGGUUAAUGGAAACAUAAAUUCUUUAUCUUAUUGGGGGGGGGGGGCUGAGGCCGUCCAUUUUCACAGGAAGUCGAGAGACAGACGACGCAAAUGUGUGUUGGGUCUUUCUCCACUGGCUGGUAUUAUGAUUCCAGGUGUUAUUGUGCAUUUGUUGUGUAUAAGUGUAAUUUUUUGCCAAGCUGUGAUGACAGAUACAUAUUCUAUAAAGACAUUCAUAUCUGUAUGUGUGUUACUGUGAGCAUGCUGACUUCCCAUGUGUUGUGUGAACACCCUUAAUUUAAGACGAUGAUACUUGGGUCACUUUUGAGGCAGCAGAAAUCAGGCAUUUUUUAAAUUUUUUUAUUAUUUAUUUUAUUAAUCUGGGGUGACAUGCUGUAUAUUUUUUUCCACCAUUACCCCUUUACUUUAGCCCUGAUUAUAUUUGCUUGUUGUUCAUCAGCCUUGCCUCAAAAUGUCGCUGGGGUAUCGUGGUCCAAACAGAGUUGAAACAUGAUUACAUGGAGACCAGACACAUAGAGCUAAAUGGGAGAUAAACCACCAGACUCAGUUUUCUUUUCUUUUCUUUUCAGUGUUUUUAACCUCUUGAGAUGCAUGCAUGAUGUUUUCACACGUGUGCCUGACAAAAAAAGCCCCACAUGUGAGAACAUCACCUGCACACUCAUGGAAACCAGUCACCUGUCUCUUUUUGUUUUUCAGAUUUUAUGUAUAACUUGUGGAGUGUGUUGCCUGGUCUGGUCUGGCUCUCUGUCUGUCUUUAUGGAUCAGUCUCCUGCGAUGAGCUAUGGGAUACAACAAAGAGGUUUUUCCUGUACCCAACUGACUGGAAAAAAUAAA